CGCUGCCAAUGUCGGACUUAGGGCACCGGAGUAUAGAGGAAAGCAGGAGGAAAGUGAUGGUUGAACGUGUAACGCGUCUUGAAUUUGAAUGAACGAACGCGAUAUAGCGGUUAACGAAACAUUUUUGAGACUUUUGUGCGGUCUACGGAGAAUAUCGGGUGCUUUUGUGAUAACGAACUGCUGAUAAUAAUAUUUUCGUUCGGCCAAAAAUCGAUGGGGCGUAUGCUUCUAGUUUUUUAAAGGACUUGUUUAACGGUGCCCAUAGUUCAGUGACGGUGGUGAAUAGUGAUUCAUAUUAGCCGACAGAAAGGAGAAUUAGUAAAAAUUAAGCAUAAUUGAAAGUUAACAACAAAAAAAAAUGACUACAGACACGAAUCCAGCUGUCCAAACGAACGGAGUCGACGAUGUCACGCAGCAAGAAGAAGACGACGAGCGAGCGAAGAUGCGUCCCGUCGACAUUGACGCCGACGUCCGCGAAAUGGAACGGCGAAAACGGGUCGAGGCCAUCAUGAACAGCAAGCUCUUUCGUGAAGAGCUCGAACGCAUAAUCGAGACCCAGUUGAGGGACGGCGUCGGUCCCGGAAGUCUCAUGCAACAGAUCUCGGACAUGGUGGGAGGCGUUCCCGGACGUCAUUCUGCGGGCACCUUUAAGGGCGCGGGAUGCGUUUUGCCCAUUAACGACAUCCGUGGCGUCGAAUCUAUCGGCUAUGCCAAAGGCGAAAAGAUACUUCGAUGCAAACUCGCCUCAGUCUUCCGAUUGAUGGACCUGUAUGGCUGGACCCAGGGACUUGACUCUCAGAUCACUGCCAGAUUAAACCAAGACCAAGAGCAUUUCCUGGUGAAUCCUACGGGUUUGUUGUAUCACGAGUUGACCGCGUCAAGCUUGGUCAAGGUCGAUAUGCAGGGGAACGUUGUCGAACAGGGCACUACGAAUUUCGGCAUAAGUCUUUCGGGUUUCUCGCUUCACGCGGCAAUACACGCCGCGCGUCCUGAUAUUAAGUGCAUAAUAAGUGUCCGCACUCCAUCGGUGGCCGCGGUUUCCUCUCUAAAGUGCGGCCUGUUGCCGAUUACUCAGGAAUCGGUCGUGAUCGGUGAAGUGAGUGCUCAUCCGUUUUCAGGCGGACUUAACGAUCCAGACGAGAAAGAGAAAGUGUCGCGGAAUUUGGGACCCUUGAACAAAGUCCUGCUGCUCACAAAUCAGGGCGCUGUUUGCUGCGGCGAAACAAUCGAGGAAGCGUUCUUUAACGUGAAGAACACCGUCCUGGCGUGCGAAACGCAGCUCAAACUGAUGCCCGCGGGCAUCGACAAUCUCGUCCUAUUGUCAGACGAGACGCGCAAAAAAAUGUACGACGCCGCGCGAAAACCGCCCCACAAUACUCCCAGACCCGAUCAGCACACUGUCCUCGAGGAGAAGCUCGAAAGGAAAUUCCGCGUCGGUGGCACCGAGUUCGAGGCGCUCAUGAGGAUGCUGGACAACGCCGGCUUCCGAACGGGCUACAUCUACAGACACCCGCUGGUAAAGACGGAACCGCCAAGACCUAAAAAUGAUGUGGAAUUGCCCCCUGCAGUAUCAUCACUUGGCUAUCUCCUGGAAGAAGAAGAACUAUAUAAACAAGGAUUGUGGAAGCGAUUGGAUGGAAGGCGUGGUAAUGAUCGUACGCGAUGGCUGAACUCCCCCAAUGUCUAUCAGAAGGUGGAAAUACUCGAAACUGGCACCCCGGACCCUAAAAAGAUAACAAAGUGGGUGGCUGAGGGGUCUCCGACACACUCUAGCACCCCCGUUAAGAUCGACGCCGCCCUCCAGUUCGUCCCAAAAAAUACCAACCCCAAGGAAUUCAAACGGUUGCAACAACAGAUAAAAGACUAUCGACGAGCAGACAAAAUAUCCGCGGGUCCUCAGUCUCACAUCCUGGAGGGUGUGACAUGGGAGGAAGCGAAGAAAAUGCAGGACGCGACGGUGACCCAGACGGGCGACCACGUCGUCCUCAUGGGUGCCGCGUCCAAGGGGAUCAUCCAGCGCGACUUCCAACACAACGCCAUGGUAUACAAGUCGCCGUAUGCCAAAAAUCCAUUCGAUUGCGUGACCGACGAAGAACUCGACGAGUACAAAAAGACGAUCGAACGAAAAGCUAAGGGAGAAUAUGACACAGAUUUUAGCGAAUCUGAGGGACUAUCUUCUUCUAAUAAACGAAUCGACGGUAAUGUUCAGUCACCCUUAUCGGCAGCUAGUGAAACUGAAGAGGAAAGCAAAGACGAACCUCAAGUUCUCAGAAUACAAACAUCGCAGGCUCCUAAACCUAGCCAACCUGAAGUAGUUUUAAGUGACGGUGUUAGAGCUGUUAAGGUUCUAUCGCAAGCAAUACAAGUGACUAGACCCAGUUUUUAUCGCACUUACAGUCAUUUCGGGUUCCCGAAGGGUUCUUACGCUCUUCCAAAUCCCACCCAUUUUCAUAUCGCACGCAUCACGCGCACCCCUAAAAGCAUGAUACCGAUUUUGAGAUCGCGAAUUCAUAAUCCUGGCUGCUCAGGUCGUCCUGGACGAGCCUUUUUUGACGUACCAUUACGAAACCAAGUCGACGUUCGGCCCAUCGUUACCAUAAAUAUUGGAGACGCGCAAGCCCUUACCCUUUCCAUUUCGAUGCAGACGUUACGCGAGUUUAUCUACCCCUUUGCGAGCACCCUACAGGCAAAUCGAGGCGUACGAACGAGAACUGCAGGGUGCCAAACUAGUUUCUUGGGGGAAGCCACAGAACCCUUUGGGUUUUCGUCGACCAGAAUUUUACAGCAUCCGAUGAUGAAUAACGACAGUGACGACGGGUCCGAUUACGAGAAAGAUAUUAUAGAAAAAAUGCACAUUUCUUUGGUUAAUGAGGUGGGCAGUAAAAGUCCGUGUGACGAAAGUGGGGAUGAAAGCGAAAAUCAUUUACAAUUAGAUCCAAGAAAGAAAAUCGAGACCCAAAUUGUUACUCUUGCGGAACAGUUGACUAAUAAAGUUUUAGAAAUAGGCGGAGAUUGUAAACUAUUUAAAAGGGUGGUUAUGGAUGCGUUGGAAUUGUUAAAUAUGUUGCCUUUUAAUGGCGUUUCGAAUGACGAAAUAAUAGCGAAUUCCACAAACAACAUUUUUGAUAAUAAUACGCUGAAUGGUAUGCCUUUCCGGAACACUUCAACGCAGGAAUUGAUUCAAAACGUCACGAAUAACAUAACAGAUGGAAACUUUUUCAAAUACUUACCCUUCCAUUCGUCAUCCUCGAGUGAAGAUGUUAUAUCUACUGCUUCGUCUGUUUCGAGUGUUAAACACAAUUUCAAUAAUCAAAUUCAAAAAGAAAGCGAGGAAACUCUUGCUGCUGAUAAUAAAGACGAUUCAAAAUCAGUUAAAGGUACGGAUAUACCAGGCAAAGUCCUGACUAUGUCGUACGUACUCGAGGAUAUUGAGGAGGAAGAAGAAGUAGAGGAAAUUGUCGAAAACUCUAAAGAGACCAAUUCCGUCAAUACUGAAAAAGUUGAUAUUGAAAACUUCAAAAAAAUUAUCGACCAGAUUAUCAACAGGUCUCUCUCCUUUUGGUAUGAAACUACAUCGAAAGCAGAAUUUUCGGAAAUGGAAUAUGUUAGUUUCUACUCUGAAAAGAAACCUGACUCUAAUGAGUCAGACGUGAAAAUAAUUUCUAUCGAAGAAAAAGUGGUUAAUGAGCCUAACAAUGAUAAUGCUUCAGUAGCCAAUAUUUGCUGCGAUCCCUCCGAAAACAGUCGGGACGAAGGGAUAAGUGCUUGCAGUAUUUGUUCCCCUGAAAAUUCUGAAAAGUCCAUUUGGCUUCUACCCGAAAAGGACGAGAAGGUUAUCAAAAUGUCCGAGGUGAUUUACGAAUAUUUACUUAAGCAGUGUUUCGAAAUAAAAGAACUGCUAAUUUUUCCUGAAAUCGUCCACGAUCCUUGCGUAUCGAAGUUGUUCGACAACUUAAAAAGGUUAUACCUCCAGUACUGCGGCGACAAAUUGUCUAACGAACAAAAAAACGAACUGCGACUAAAAAUGUCUGCGUACAUAAUAAAAAAACUCGAAAUAGAAGAAAAAUCCGAAGGGACCAACGAGAGCUACGAAGUUUCUGACAAGAUAUUCACCAUAAGCGAGUUUGUGGCCGAUAUUUUAGACAUGUUCUUCGAGAAGCAUGUGCCAGAGUGUGCUGAUAGGUCGCCAUGUUCUGACAAUGGCACAGCAUUCAACGAUUUCAUCCUCGAAAACAUGACCAGCGCGAGUCAUUCGACCCCGAAUCGAGAAUUGAAAGAGACCAAAAAGGAUGACGUUGUUGUGGAAAAGGAAAAGGUUUUGCCCAAAGCCGAAAGUUCUAAAAAGGAAAAAAGGCCUAGCAUUGGUAACUUCGAAUUGGUCACAGCGUUUAAGACGAAACAAUCGGAAAAAUCCGGCAAUGAAAAGUAUUGGAUUUCAAUCAGUCCAACUACCGAAAAACCGUUGCAACCCUGGACAAAAAACCCCGUUGCCACGCGGGUAAUAAACGUGGACGACAUACCUCUAAAACCACCCGCAGAUCUCCUUCUGCGUCAUCCGGAACCCGCCAGCAACAACCACCAAAAUCUCUCCCCAAUCGAAGAAGAACCUAGACGCAUCUUAUUUUCCGACAAAUCUGAAGAAUCGGACGAUGAAGAUUUCGAAACUCUUCUUCUAAUGACAAAAAACAGCAAACUGAGUGCCGCCAGGGACAGCCUCAUUAUCCAAAAACAAAAUUUUUCCACAAAAAGUGUUUCCUCCCUCGAAAACUCCAUCCCCCUCGAUAACAUUUCAGCCGCAGGUAUCGAAAGCGUAUCGUGUUCGAACCACCACACUUUGAUUCAUAAAAAGCAAACGGAAAUAUGCGAAUGCGAAAGGGGUUGUGACGUCCUGGCUGGCGGUGAUACCGACCAGUUACCCUCCUACGUUAACUUCGGGGAGUUUCCGGAACCGUGCGAGAAAAUAGUCUGCCGUAAUGCAGCCCAAUUUGUGAGGGUUGAAAACAACAACGAGUCCGUUGCUUAUUUGCAAAGGGUGAAUUUGGUUUUGAAACAGGGCAAUUGUAAAUUGAAUUGCGACAAUAUUAUUUCCGGUUUUAACAAUAACAACACUCCGUCAAUUUAUUCGGAAGAUUCUAAAACUACUAGCGAAACGUCUAUGAAAGGAUCGAGUACAAAUCAGAAUGCCCUGAACGAAAACGAAGAAGGAAACUGGAUGGGCUUCGACUUGGCAAAAUUUUGACUGUUUUAUGUACCAAGAAUCCGUUAAAAAAAAAAAAAUAAUGGAAUAUUCCCAUGGUUAUAUUUCAAUAAAUAAAUCGUUAUUUUCGUUCCA